AUGGACUUCAAAACUCCCAUCUGGGACAUAAUCAACGGUCUAAUGCAUUUGUCCUCAACGUUUGGCCUAGACCCCAUAAAUGCCGUCAAUGUUCAGCCAAACAUCGUUCGAAACGAAGACAAUUCCACUGACAUUGAACUGUCAAUUCAUGAAGUCGAGCCAGAAUCGUGUAAUGUCACCAUUACCGACCACAUCCUAACCGUCAGCCAUGUGAGCUUCAGACAAAUGGGUGGAUUGACGGUGAAACGAAAGGUUCACGAAGAGUUUUACAUUCCAAAAGACGUGAAUGAUAAGGAAAUAGCGUGGAGAAUGCAUUCGAAUCAUUUGAUUGUUUAUGUACCUCCGAGUAGACAAUAUGUUAGUGAAAAGAGCAUCAGGUACGACCUGUCCAGUAUGCAUGGUGA